AUGUAUGUGUAGAAGAACAUGAUGGGUUAUGAUCGAAACAAAGUAUGUGUAAACAAACACUUUAACACACUCUUUUCCAUAUGAUUCCAUUCGAUUAAAAAUGUUCAUAGUACAAAUGCUACAGCAAACAAACCAGAACUGAAAUUCUUAACCUAAAACAUCUGCUGACGUGGCUCAUUGAGAGAGUGCCACGUAUGAACAACUUCAAAGACAAGAAAUCAACCUAGGUACCACCACCGACGCCACCAUGUUUUUUCUCUUUCCUUUUCACACUCUCUCAAAUUCCUCAAUCUUCCUCAAAAUUUCAUUACAGAAAAAAAACAAGACCCCUAAUAAGAAACACAUGAAAAUUUCCCAUUCAUAAACACACUUCAUAAAACCCUAAUCUUUUUCAUUUUUCUUCAACACCCAUCAAAUCAAUCACUACCCUUUGAUUCCUCUCUUAAUUUAAUUGCUUCCUUCUCAUCGCACUUUCCUUUUUCUCUUCAAUUUUCCACAAAAGUUUCUUCCUUUCUUCACUCAGCUACUUGAUUUAGAUCAGUGUUUGAUUUCAAUUCAAUUGAUCUAAUUUCAAUUUGAAAUUCUUCUUUGCUUGCAAAAUUCAAUUUUUUUUGGGUGUAAAGGUGUUUUUUUUUUGUCUUUGAUCUUUGAAUUUUGAAGGUGAUUUUGCGGGGGGUGUGAUUAGUACUUUUCUGAUGUUUGAUUUCCAAUCUCAUUUUCAAUCAUCACCCAUUAAUUCUUCCUAUUCAAUUUGUCAUAUUUUUCUCCCUUAUGAUGUUUUCUUCAUAUGCUGCUUCAAUUGUAUGAGAUUUCGUCUCAAAAUUUGAUACUUUAUUCAAAAGGGUUGUUGCUGGUUGUGUGAAGAAGAAGAAGAAUCACUUUUAGUUUUCUUUGGUGAGAGAAAAAAUUUCAAUUUUCAACUUUCAAGUAUGGGAAAAAAUCACUUUGAGGAAUUACCUUCACAUUUGAUUUUGGAAAUUCUAUGCUCAGGGAAGCUAAGUGCAAUAGACCUUGUUCGUUUGGAAUUUGCUUCAAAAACUUUUGGUGUUAGAAAUGACUUAUGUGACUUAAAGUUUAAGUCAUUGGUAGACUUAGCUGCAUUUCAAUUGUGUGGCUCUAAUGCCACCUUUUCAAUGAUUGGUUUGAAUUCUCAAAAGGAUUUGUAUGAUCGAUGUGGCGGAAAAUGGAAGCGGGUUUUGAGGUUUUUGGAGUCUGUUGAACAAUCCUCUGACAUGGUUGAGACAUCUUCAGGCAAUAUGCAAAUUACGGCAGGAAAGUAUCACACCUUGGCGAUCAGCAAUUCCUCGGUCUAUUCUUGUGGUUCAAGUUUGUGUGGUGUACUUGGUCAAGGAUCUGAAACAACACAGUGUUCAGCAUUUACUCGAAUCAACUUCCCACCUUUGGCGCGUGUGGCACAUGUUUCAGCCUCCUAUAACCAUGCAGCUUUCGUUAUGCAAUCUGGAGAGGUAUUCACAUGUGGAGAUAAUUCAUCUUCGUGCUGUGGUCAUAGUGAUACAAAUCGACCUAUUUUCAGGCCACGUCUUGUUGAAUCCUUAAAGGGGAUUCCUUGCAAGCAGGUUGCAGCAGGGCUAAACUUCACAGUCUUCCUCACUAGACAAGGUCAUGUGUAUACAUGCGGAACCAACUCGCACGGCCAACUUGGUCAUGGCGACGCCCAAGACAGACCAAGCCCCAAAAAGAUUGAAUUCCUUGGUAAAGUAGGACCUAUUGUUCAAGUUGUUGCUGGACCUAGCUAUAUCUUAUCUGUAACAGGAGAUGGAUCAGUAUACUCCUUCGGAUCAGGUGGUAAUUUCUGUCUUGGCCAUGGUGAGCAACAUGACGAGUUACUGCCACGUUUGAUACAGAAAUUUAGAAGAAAAGGUACUCACGUUGUUCAAGUAUCUGCUGGCGACGAGCAUGCAGUGGCACUUGAUUCAAAUGGAUUUGUAUAUACAUGGGGGAAGGGAUAUUGCGGUGCUUUAGGCCAUGGAGAUGAGAUUGAGAAAACAAGACCAGAGUUGUUGUCGAGUCUCAAGAAUCACCUAGCUGUUCAGGUCUGUGCAAGAAAGAGAAAAACCUUUGUUCUACUUGAUUCAGGUUUGGUCUAUGGCUUUGGCUCAAUGGGAUUUGGCAGCCUAGGAUUUUUAGACAGAAAGUUAUCAGAUAAAAUCUUGAAACCAAGAAUCUUAAACUCAUUAAGAUCUCACCAUGUUUCUCAAAUCAGCACCGGCCUCUACCACACUGCAGUAGUCACUAACCGCGGACAAAUAUUUGGUUUUGGCGACAACGAAAGAGCUCAACUUGGUCAUGAUACAUUAAGAGAAUGCCUUGAACCUAUUGAGAUUUUCAUAGAAAAUUCAUCAUCUGAAGAAGAUGUUGAUCCUAUGUUAUAAACCAGCAUCUGAUACAUCAAAAGAAGUCACAUACUUUUUAUGUGUGGUUCACCUGAAUAUUUUAGAAUUAUUAUUUUGUACUUGUAAAAGUUUAAUGUUUUAUAGAUAUAAACAAAUAAUUAUAGUAACAUGUAAGAUUGUGAGUAACCAUUUUUCAUUCAGUUGAAGGGUUAAUAGUUUGGAACCA